UUUAAAUAGGUGUGUUAAAACUAUAAAUAAUGGGAGCCAAACACAAAAAAGCCAACGCCGAUGUAGUGCAUGCCAAGAAGAAGACCCAGGUCAUCAAUCCUUUCGAGACGGCAAAGCCACAGACCGCUAGAAAGCUGAAUCCGUUCGAUGUGCAUGUCAACAAAAAGAAAUUCGAGAUCCUGGGACGCAUCUGCAAGCAUGACAGGGGAAUGCCAGGGGUGUCGCGUGCAAAGGCGCAACAAAGGCGCUCCCAAACCCUAGGCAAGCAGUUUGAGGUGAAGCACAAGACCAACAAGUUCGUGGACAACCGUAUUGGCAGACACUUGAGUGGAGAUCAGCUCACAGAUUCCGUGCUUAACGCACGUUAUUUGGCAGAUAAAUUGUCGCAGGUGCGAACAUCUAGCAAGGCAGAAAAGUUCAACUUAAACGAUGAUGAGUUGCUAACCCAUAGAGGGCAAACACUCGAGGAGAUUGAACAAUACAGAGACGAGCGCUCCGAUGACGAAGACGAUGAGCGUUUGGACGCUGAAUUCACAGCAGCAACUCACUUUGGUGGCGAUGGCGACGCGCCUCAGGACCGGCAAGCAGCCAUUGAAGAUAUGAUAACCGAGCAGAAGCGCCGUAAAAAUGAAAUUGCCAAAGAAAAAGAUGAGGUGUAUGACUUGACAGAGAGAUUGGAUGCCAACUACAAGGAAUUAAUAUCACUGGUGGGCCAAACUUCGAAGGAACAGAUGCGUGAGAAACCACCUAUGGACUCGUACGACAGGGCGAUAAAGGAAAUGACUUUCGAUCGCCGAGGAACUGUUACAGACAAACUAAUAAAACCCGAGGACCUUGCCAAGCAGGAGGCUGCUCGUCUGGAGAAACUGGAAAAUGAACGGCUGCGGCGCAUGAAUGCCGACGGUGAGGAGGAAACCUCGAACGUGCAGCCGAAACACCGUUCUGCUGAUGAUUUGGACGACAGCUACUUUGUGGCAGGACUGGACGAUGAGGACACGACGCUAGCCUAUGACCAGGACGGAAAACUGUGUACGCACUCAAACUUCGAUGGAGAAAGUGGAACAAAUAAACGCGACAAGGAAGUGAAUGAUAGCGAUGACGACAUCGAAGAAGAGGAGAAGGAUGAUAGUGAUGAUAGCAGUGAAUCUGAUGUGGAUAAUCUCAGUGAUCUUAAAGAGUCCGACAGCGACUCCGAGCAAGAAUUAUUGCCGCAGACGCCAAAGGAGAAAAAGCCGCAGAAAUCAAAUGAACCAGCCUCGCUUGACACCUCUAUACCCUUUACCAUAAAAAUGCCCAAAACAUACGAUAAUUUCACGCAACUUCUAAAUAAACGGUCAGUGGAGCAGCAGGCCACCAUAGUAGAGCGGAUUAUGAAGUGCAAUCAUCCAAAGCUAGAGGGUGUCAAUCGAGAAAAUGUGAUCAAACUCUACGCUUUCUUGCUGCAGUAUAUACAUGAAUUGUUUGAGGAUGCCAGCGAAGACGAAAUAAGUGAACACUUCCAGUUACUAUCGCUACUCGUGCCACUGAUGUAUGACCUAACGCACCUCAACCCCGAGCGCAUGUCAAAUACGCUGCUUGACGUGAUCAAAGAAAAAUAUAGCACGUACUCCAAACAUCCAAAAAUGUAUCCCACUCUAGAUACUCUCGUAUACUUCAAACUAGUGUCCAACAUCUACUCCACGUCGGACUUCAGGCACCCGCUGGCUACGCCCACGUACAUCUUCAUGCAGGAUAUCUUGUCUCAUGCGCACGUUCGCACGCGUCAGGAUAUUUCAAUGGGUAUUCUACUGGUCACCAUCGCAUUAGAAUUUGGCCAGAGAUCCAAACGCCUGCUACCCGCUGUCUUCAACUAUCUACAAGGCAUUGUUCACAUGUGCAUACCCAAGCAGCCGGAUGAGGUGCUCGAGAUUACGCCACCUUUUGAGCGGAACGGACCCUUUAGCAAGCUUCUGGCUAUUGGCUGCAGUGCUGAGAGCAAGGCGAUCGAGCAGAUGCCACUUCAAGCAACCGAUCUCGUCACACAUACACUGUCACUUGAUUUUAAGGUGCGUGUGCUGAGUGCAACGUUAGGUUUAAUAAAGGACGCAACCGAGCUGGUGGGCGAACAUGUAGGCGCUACAUAUCUGGCGACGCCGUUUCUAUCGUUACUCUCGCGCUUGCCCAUCGAAUCCUAUCCUGCGUAUGUGAAUGAAAACUUGAAUGCCUGCAAGAAUGCGCUUGAGCAAGUUGCGACACGUCCAAUGAAGCCGCUAGCACCGGCUGAGAAGAAGCCAAAAGCCCUGAGAAUGCUGGAGCCACGCUUCGAGGCCGUCUAUGAUGACAAGCGACGACCCAAGAUGACCAAGGAGAAGGAAGAGCGCGCGAAGUUGCUACAAAAAAUCAAACGCGAAAAGAAAGGCGCCAUACGUGAAAUACGCCGCGAUACUGUAUAUCUCCAAGAACUGCGCAUUAAAAAGCAGCUACAAAGCGAUAAUGAGCGCAAGGAGAAGGUCAAACGUAUCUACCAAGAGGCUGCCAUACAACAAGGCGAGCUCAAUGAGUUGGCCCGCGCUAACAAACGCAAAAAGUUCUAGACCUGCGGCUGCUGAAGUUUUUAUUUAUAAAAGCUUAAUGUGGGAUUCUUUAGGCUUUUUAAGAUCCACAAUCCAAAUAUUUCGAAUAUUGUGGAUUACUAUGUAAUAGCUUAAGUCGGAAUGUAUUAUAAUAGAGACAUAUAUAUACAUGUUUUAUUGCAAUGUUGCAAUGCGGCUCUUUCAGAAGUCGAAAGAGAAAGACUAUUAAACUUCAAUUAUUUAGUUGGAAA